AUGGCCGCGCAAACACUCCACGGCUCCUGUGCAUGCGGGCGCAACCGCUACGUCGUCGAGAUACCUCAGCAGCAAACGCAGCUGGCCGAGCUGAGAUACGACAACACUUCAGCUUCAAGACACCAUUCCGCUAACCCACUCACCCUUUGGCUGCGUGUGCCUCUCAAUUGGUACACUAGCGCUACCUUCGCACAGUUCCCCGACGAGGAACGGACGAGCAUCCAGCGCACCUUCGUCUCGCCCUUUGCUUCCAAUUCGCGCCGCCAGUUUUGCGGAUACUGCGGCACCCAACUCACAUCAUGGCACGAGCGCACCAGGGAGGAUGCUGAGCACAUCUGCCUUACGGUCGGCAGUCUGCUGGACGAGGACCAGGCUCUGCUUGGUGAGCUGGGAUACCUGCCGGGAGGAGAGAGCAGCGACGAGGAUGCAAUUACCGCCGGGCCCUCGCGAUCGACACAAGCCGUGGCCCGAUCAGAUCAGCAGCUGCGUGGAGCACCAUGGUUCGAGGAGAUCGUCAAGAAUACCGCUCUGGGACAUUUCAAGCAGCAGCGAGGCGGACACACAUCGCGCGACGGCAGCGUCAAGGUGGAGUGGGAGGUCGUAGAGUGGACCGAGGGUGACGAUGCAGACGACGAGGGAAGCGUCACGCCCAACAAGAGGAAGAUUGGCCAGGUCGAGGAGGAGGAUAUCGAGAUGCGAAGCGCGUGA